CGAGAAUGGCGCUCUCACACGGAAUGGUAACGUUAGGGCGCUUCGCGCUUAUUCUCCUUCUGUAUCUAAAGUUGAUUUCCAUCUGCUUAAAUGUAGUCUCUUGUAUUGUAUUGGGUCACUGGACUUUCACGGUAGGAAUCCUGUUGAUCUUGUCGACCUUUACGCUACAUAUUGUCGGGAUGUUAUCAUUUGGCGAAGCGUGGACACUUGGGAAACGGCAUUAUUACUCUUACACUUGGUUUGUGUAUACUGGUCUUUUAAUAGUGGACAUUAUCGUAGUACUUACACCGUAUCUACAAGUCGUAGAUGCAGAGAAAGAUAUUCCAUUUUGGCUAACGAUUUUUGUCAAAGUUCUUUAUAUCACACCAUUUACUUUGCUGCUCUUUUUGAACACUGCUGGCGAAAAAGGCACCGAAUUUCACGGAGAAUCUGGAUGGUUGUUUGCUACAAUGUCUGCACAAAUAUUCGACCCCAUCGAUAUGAUAGACAAUGUUUUGAACGGUUAUGGCAAUGGGACACCUACAGGACUUGGAGUGGGCAUGAUUACCCUAGCUUUUGGAUGUCUGUUGCUUGCAGCGUGGGAGUUUCUAGAACUAGCGCAUUACUCACCCGGAAGUAAGAACGGAGCGAAGGUUCAUCGACUUAUCGUGUUGAUUCUCGUUAGCCUGGCAACUUUGAUAAUUCGAGCGGUGGUUUAUGUUGAUUAUGGUUGGAGAGAAACGACGCCGAUCGCCAAGAAUGUAAUCAUGAUAUGUAUAUCAGUCUCGGAAUUACGCCGUUGCUUUGGUCAGACUUCUCUAUAAACAUAUCUGGAUGAGGUACAACUAGGCCCGGCGAAAUCAGAUAAUUUGGUUUCAUCUUUCGCUCUGAUAAAGCGCUAACGUCAGCUUUAAAAAAUUUUUACGGUGGCCAAUUUACUUUGUGGAUAAAACUAAAUUAUCUUGUUCCAUUCUUCACCGACGCAGCACCAGAGUUCCUUUAGAAAGUUACUACCUUUAUUCAUAGGGCUUAAAUUGGCUCUCCUGAGUAACACCGAUGAGGAAAUAUUUUAGCGAAACGGUGAUCUUAAAUGAGGGCUUCCUUGAUCAAAAGCUGUCCAUUACCAAUUCACAAUAAGUAAUUACUGGUUGAAGCUGAGUAUUUCAUGAAUAAUCAGUGCCGAGGUUGGUGUUAUUUGCCGAAGCCGAAGCCUAGGGCUGAGGCAGAUAACACGGUUGCUACGUUUGAUACUUCUUGAUAUCAUACGAAAACCUAAUUCAAUUAUUGCUUUCAUCAUACUUUUUUAAAACAAUGUGUAAAAGAAGACAUUUCUCUCAGAGUUUGCAAAAGUUUGAGAACACUACACGAGCGAGGGGCUUAGAGACUUGGCAGCCUUUGAACUCGCUGAUAUGAUAACCCACUAUCUGCUACAGAUAUUGAUUUAUCAUGUCAACUUCACACACCAUUAUAUAUUGACUGAAUGCUCUCGCCUAAUCAGAGUUUUCAUAAUAAGUCUAAUGUAUAAUAAUGGAGUUUGUCUGUAAAGAUAAACCGUCCAAAGUUUCUAUUUUUAAGUUUUUGUUUGUUUAUUUGGUGUUGUAAAUUUUAAGAUUUAAAUAGCAAAUCCAAGUCAAAGUAUUCCUCUUUCUAAAAUAUUGGUUGAAAAGCUAGGGUAUUGAUAUGAAAUGAAUGCUGAGUGGAAACAUCUGUCAUUGAACUUUUCAGUCAAGCAACUGUUCAAGCAUGAUAUUCACUCUGACAUAAAAAUAAGAACCUAAUAUGUUCUGUCUUCUAAAAUGUGAGCAUUGUCAGUACCAUUCAUCCCAUAGCUAGUAAAUUCGUGCUAUCAAAUUCAAUGCUGUAAUUAUGCUUCAAAUUUCCACUGCGCAUGUUGAUGAGUUGUAAGCACUGGAGCAUAGCAGAUGAAUUUUCCUUUCAUAUAAAAUUUUAACUUCUACUUUAAAAAUGUUGUAAAAAGUAGGUUUAUGUGUCAGCUGUUUUUCGUCCUGAUGUGAAGCCCUUCAGGAGUUUGAUGAGUACUAGAGAGGCUUCUAUUGCUACUAGUUAUGUCUUUGAGCACCUCUUAUGAGUCUUUUGUACUCUUCAAACUUCCUGUGUGCUUAAUACCUUGAUGAAUGCAAACCCUUGUUUACACGUACUCUCAAUUAUAAGUAUUACACAAACUCUACAGUAAUUGUUAGUAUUAAAUGAAACAAAAUUCACAAUUUUAUCAAUGCCUAACAUGAUUGAGUGCGUUGGCGUACACUUAUACUUUUGUCUUAAAGAACAUCGACUAAUAAAGUUAUAUAAAAAUCAAAACAACAGACAUAAUUCAUCCAGCAUUUAAUUGGGCAGGUUUGAAGGUAAAUAAUUUACAAAAAAAAAAUUGUAAUUCUAGGUCGUUGUCGCACUUGCAAUUAAAAGGUUAAGAUUUCACUACGGCGACGUGUGGUAAAACGUUGCCGAAAAAACGUAAUUUAUUUUUCUUUAAGAUUUUCGCAAAAAGCUUGAUGCCUUUAUGAUCAUUUGCUCAUUUGAUCUUUUUGUAACCUGAAAGCCACCCCGGCUUGGCGGGUUACCCCACCUUGAGACGUUUACAUGGCAGAUUGCCACUCCGGCUGACAUGGUUACCCUACCAAGCAGACCGGGCAAUCCGCAUAGGGGGGUCACCCCAUUUAUCAUGUGAGCGUGAUCAAGAUAAAAUUAGGUUUAUGCUCCAAAUUUCCACUGUGCAUGUUGAUGAGUUGUAAGCACUGGAGCAUAGCAGAUGAAUUUUCCUUUCAUAUAAAAUUUUAACUUCCACUUUAAAAAUGUUGUAAAAAGUAGGUUUAUGUGUCAGCUGUUUUUCGUCCUGAUGUGAAGCCCUUCAGGAGUUUGAUGAGUACUAGAGAGGCUUCUAUUGCUACUAGUUAUGUCUUUGAGCACCUCUUAUGAAUCUUUUGUACUCUUCAAACUUCCUGUGUGCUUAAUAUCUUGAUGAUUGCAAACACUACUCUCGAUUAUAAGUAUUACACAAACUCUACAGUAAUUGUUAGUAUUAAAUGAAACAAAAUUCACAAUUUUAUCAAUGCCUAACAUGAUUGAGUGCAUUGGUGUACACUUAUACUUUUGUCUUUGAGAACAUCGACUAAUAAAGUUACAUAAAAAUCAAAACAACAGACAUAAUUCAUCCAGCAUUUAAUUGGGC